UGCAGGGGUAUGAACAUGGGGCAAAAGUUGUCCGGCGGUGUCAAGUCGGUGUCGCGCGAGUGCACGGCGCCGUUCAAGGCGGUGGUGGCGCGCGAGCUGGCCCCCGAGCCGCCGCGGCCCGCGCGCCUGGACGCGCUGCUCGACGCGCCGCCCGCGCAUCCCGACACACAGCUGAAGCACGCGUGGAACCCGGAUGACCGAUCUUUAAAUAUAUUCGUGAAAGAGGAAGACGCGUUAACAUUCCACCGGCAUCCGGUGGCCCAGAGUACAGACUGCAUCCGGGGUCGGGUGGGGUACUCGCGCGGGCUCCACUGCUGGGAGGUGGUGUGGCCGGCGCGGCAACGCGGCACACACGCCGUCGUCGGAGUGGCAACAGCGCACGCACCGCUGCACUCGGUCGGCUACCAGAGCCUAGUCGGCGCGACCGAUCAGAGUUGGGGGUGGGAUCUCGGGAGGAAUAAGGUGUACCACAACGCGAAGGGCACGGGCGGAGGCAGCACGUACCCGCCCCUGCUGCGGCCGGACGAGCAGUUCCUCGUGCCCGACCGCCUGCUCGUGGUGCUGGACAUGGACGAGGGCACGCUCGCCUUCUGCGCGGACGGCCGCUACCUCGGCGUCGCGGCGCGCGGCCUGCGCGGCAAGACGCUCUACCCCAUCGUGUCCGCGGUGUGGGGCCACGCUGAGAUCACCAUGAAGUACAUCGGCGGGCUCGACCCCGAGCCGCUGCCGCUAAUGGAGCUAUGCAGACGCGUGAUCCGGCAACGUGUGGGACGUGCGCGACUGCGCGCGGCCGCGUCGAGACUGGCGCUGCCGCCCGCGCUCACCGCCUAUCUACUAUAUCGCGCGCCAUAGCCGCCCCCACCACACCUCCCCUCGACACUCCGGACGCAGUGACCACGACCACAACCUGAUCGCCACACAGCAAUGCCUUAUACCGAUAGGACGGUUCUCAACCACAGCCUGAUCGCUUACACAACAUCGCCUCGAGACGAAUCGACUGUUACUAGCACUAACGUACGC